AUGUCCACCUCGGAGCCGAGACCCACCGCACCAGUCACAGCAGCAGAGCCUACUACAGCUUAUCAUGACGCACCACCACCACCACCACCACCACCAUCCCAAGCCGCCUCGACAUCCCAACAUCCCAUACCUGCCGCCGCCGCCGUCGCUGCUGCUGCUCGGCGGCCCCCCAUCGCAGCUCACCCUUUGGUGUCGUCAUGGAUCCCUCUCGAACCAGACGUCUACGCCUCGUUACGCGUGACGUUGCAUGGCCAGAUGUCGAAACAGAUCCAAUUCGCUCAUUCUCAACUGCUCGUACGUUGUCUAUCGUCCUCGUUACCUCGAAACUAACCCUGUGGGGCAAGGUUCGAACCAGACUGACUUGACGACUCCCUCCUCUCACAGACGAACAAACCCCUCGUCCUGCACGCGAUGCCACCCCAUCCUCCAACCCCACCCACCACCACCACCACCAACUCCCCCCUCAUCACCUCCAACAACGCGACAGCCGUUCUCCCGCGCCUCAUUUCGACGUGCGAAAUCCUCAAACGAACCUUUACGGACCGUCUCCUCGAACUGAAAUACGCUUCGGACGAGAUCAAGACUCAACUAGGUCUCAAGGGGUGGAUCAGGAAUUGUAAAGGGCUGCAUCAGUAUACCCUAUUAACGACGAUGCAGAAGGCCGCGCUGGUCGGGACGACGACCCCGAUCGAUCAGACGGAUGGGCAAGGGGGUCGGGAGGAGGAUGAUUUGGUGCGCGAAUGGUUACUGGGGAGUGGCAAGAAGAAUUCGAGGUACGUGUAUCUGCUGAGUUGUACGGGAGGACCAAACUCUGUGAUUGAACCGCUGAUCGCUGAUCGGAUCCCCAUAGACCUAAAACGAACCAACACGCUUCACCUCUACUCAUCAUCGUCCUGUCGCCGUACCCGAUCGAAGCACUCGCGAACGAUAGGGCAUUCACGUAGGUGCUCAUAUUAGCAUCAAGCUGUUCAAGCUGUUCGUAAGAAAGCCGACAUCUCUCCUUCACUCACAUGCAGCUACCAAGGUCCCGAAAAGCUACCCCGUCUCAAGCGUUCCAAACCUAUGCCCGAGAAACCGAUUCACCAGGACCCACCCGUCCAAACUACCCCACUCGAAGAAGUCGAGAUGGAAGAGGGCGAGAUACCUCCCGAUGCACCACGACCACUAUCCAUUGUCAACGAUACAUCCACAACAACGAAGAAGGUCAAGGUGCGACCGAAUCGGAAGAAGAAGCGCCUAUUGCAAGAAGCUGCAGAGGCUUUGAGUAAGGCCAAAGAGUUGAGGAUGACGUUGCAAGGCAAAGCUACCAAGUUGGGGCAGGGGCAGAGUCAAGGGAAGAAGAAGACAGAGGGUGGGGAGCAAGGGGAACAAGGGAAGAAGCAGGAGAAGCAGGUCAAGACGAGGAAGACGAGACGUAGUAAAGGGAAAUCUUUAGGGGAUGGAGCUGCGAAAACAGACGAUGGGGCGAAGGCGGACAGAGCCGUGAAGCAAUGA